ACCAAACUGGUACGUGUGGGCUACUUGCGCCUGCACAGAUUUGGUGAAGGCUUUACUGCUAAACCCACGUCCAGAUGGAUGCACUGGAUGUGCCCAGACUCGUAGCGUGACCAUGUCGGGUUCUGAAGAUGGCGCGCAUUUGGGCACGGCAUUUGCUAAAUGGUGUAUGUGCCAUGUUUUACAAUCGUAACCGAAGAUGCUUCAGUUCUCACCUGGUCGGCAAUGCAGCGACAAUACUCACGUUUGCAGCAGGAGCGGUCAAGGUAGAGACCAACUCCCACUAUGUCGGUUCUUCAAGCAGCAACAACUGUAUCGCAUUGCCCGGAUGCCAAACCAGACGUCUUGAUCAAGGUCACCAGCGUUGAGAUCAACGCAAACGAGCCUGUGGCGUUUACGAGAUGGCGACCUAUGUUCCAUGUCAUCGCUCCUCAUGGAUGGAUGAACGACCCUUGUGCUCCCGGAUAUGAUUCCAAACGCUGUAUUUACCAAGUCAACUUCCAAUGGAAUCCUUAUGGCACCACCUGGGGUAACAUGUCAUGGGGCUCAGCAACCUCAAAGGACUUGAUCAAGUGGCAAGUGUCACCGACGCCCGCUGUUCAACCAACCGAGUCGAUGGACGUCUGUGGGGUCUUCACAGGGUGUCUAGCGCCUACUUCUAUCAGUGACGGACAACAAGCCAUAGCAUACUACACAUCCGCGAAUCAUCUCCCUAUCCACUAUACCCGCAAAUACCACCGCGGGUCGGAGAGGCUGCACAUCGCCACAUCGAGCAACGGAGGGCGAAUAUGGAAGCGACCGGUCGACAAGUCUGCAGUCGUUCUGUGUGGCCCACCAAGAAAUCUAGAGGUUACUGGAUGGCGAGAUCCAUUCGUCGCAGAGUGGCCUUCUAUGGACAGCGUACUAGAAUCUAAACAGUCGCUGUAUGGUAUCGUGUCCGGCGGCUUGCGAAACCAGACCCCAACACUGUUCCUGUAUCGCAUUGACUCGAUGCUGCGAUGGGACUUUUUGGGCUGUCUUUGCACGCUUGGCCUAAACUACACUCCUUCAAGGUGGUCUGGCGAUUAUGGCGUCAACUGGGAGGUUGCGAACUUCGUGCCGUUACCAGACGCUGGAGCCCAAGCCCAAGCUCUCAUCAUCGUUAGCGUCGAAGGUCGCCUUUCUGACGCCCAAGUUAAUACUCCUGCCGAGCCGAAAAGCAUGUGGAUGGUAGGUGAUCUGGCUAAGAGUGACCAUGGCGCAGAUCUGACCUUCAGCUACGGUGGCACGCUCGAUCAUGGCUCCUUCUACGCCGCUAACGGCUUCUUUGAUCCUCUGAUUGGUAAGUACGUGAUCUUCGGCUGGAUCACGGAAAGCGAGCUGGAUCAAGAUUUGGUUGACGCGCAGGGCUGGAGCGGAUGUCUUUCCGUUGCACGAGUCGUAGAGAUCGUGAGGUACCACUCGGUCGUUCGCGCGCUGAGGUCGGACUUGCAAAGCAUGACGUGCUUACAGGUCGAAGCUGAUGGAAGUGGCACUCACAUUGUGCGGACGUUAGGAAUCUCUGUGGACGAACGCUUGCGCCAUUUAAGAGGCCGCCAUGUCGGAAGCCGGGCUGUCAAUCGGUUGGUGUCAUUUCCCGGUGGUGUCUGCUCGCAAUGGGAGGUGAAGGCUUCCUUUUGGCUUGGUGCAAGGUCGAAACGCGUCGGAAUUGACAUACUUCACUCAUCCAGUGGGUCAGAUUACUCAGGUCGCACACGCAAGAUGCUAACAUGCGUAGACUCUAACGCCAAAAGUUCCAUCUACUUCGAUGCUGAGACCGAGACGGUGGGCAUCGACCGCUCUGCGUCCACCUCGCGCGAUGGCGUUGGGACUAAGCUUCGAACAGCACCACAUACGCUGUUCGCUUUCCGGGCUGGAGAGAACGUCAGGUGGGAGACACUCGAGAUCCAUGCAGUCUUCGACGCGAGCGUGCUCGAGGUCUUCUUCAACAACCGGACCGUACUCACUGCAAGGGUAUAUUCCGACUCCGGUACUUGCGCUACUCUCUGUCCUGUGAUGGACGACUCUCUGGGAAACGCUACUCGCUACGGAGGAGAGUCGUCGUCAGAAUUGCUUUCGUUUGAUGUAUGGACGCUCCGGCAGGCAGUGCACGUAGAGCAGACACAUAGACUUUAGAAGCCUCCCAAUUCGCAGUCAGCUUGAAACGCUCCAACAUCUCUCUACAUUCCGGUGUGUUCAUCGCAAAGACAUGCCGCUCUGCUCUCCAACCAUCUGCAAAGCCGAGCGGAAAGCUCCUCGUGGACGUGCUGGCAGGCUACAUUCAGUGCCUGCCGAAGGAAGUGCAACAGAUUCGAAGCCAUGAGGUUGAAUACCCUUGUUCG